CAAAAGCAUCGGCGAAGGUGAGUUUAUCAUGGAAGAAGACGCGCAAUCUCAAUUUUUGGAAGAUCAGUCCAGUCCUUUUCCUGUGGAAUUGGAUCUGUUUCAAGAAUAUUGCAGUAUUUCGAGUUGUGAUCCUAAAAAUCACAAAAUCAAUGGAAACAUCUACAAACCAACCAAAGGCUCAACUGAACUAUAUCAGGCCAUCAAAAGCAGUGACCAUACCAGGAUAGCUUCGUUAGUUGAGGCGUACAGAAUGGAUUUCGAGAAAGUUAAGAUUCACCUGGUUAGCAAAUUCGGCUGCGACCCCAAAGAUGCGAUAUGGCUCAAAAAAACCAUUUUGAUUGCCGCCACCCAGGAGGAAUGCCGCGAGGUAACGAAAUUUGAAACCCUAAAAACCGAACCUGUGAACAUUGGAAAAGCGGUAUUGGUUUUAUUGCAACAUCCUAUGCAAGAGAAGCACGUGGCGGUGAUCCAUCCUGAUAUAUCCAAUCGACUUGAGGCGUGUCGACUGGUUGAUAAACUAACCCGAAAUGGAUACCUGUCCUGGAAUAGUUCGGGCUACGAGGAAUCGUUUCUAGAAGUGGCAGCUCUUCGCGGUAACUACCGACUUAUUGAUCUGCUGUACAGUUAUGGAGCACGCAUGGAUGAUCCAGAGCACAAUCCGUUGCUAUCCGCCAUUCGAGCCAAUCAACUUGAAACGGUUCAAUGGUUAUUGACCGAACAUUUCGAUAAUUUCGAUUGCACAAAACGGGAUAAGCAAAAUCUAAGCGCCUUGAUGAAGGCAAUGGAGAAAGGAAAUCCUGUCAUGUUUAAAUAUGUGCUUCAGAAGAUGAUCGAUUAUCGCAUGAAGUAUUACAACGAAACGAAAAACGAGGCUUUUUCCAGCAUUUUUCGCUUUGAAAAUGACGAUCUCUGUUCCCUUUCUAUUCUAACAUUUCUUCGGAGUCAUAAGUUGCGCAAAACAAUUGAGGAAUGUAUAGUGGAACACGAACUUGAUUUAUCGUAUCAGUGGAAAAAUGUGACCAUACUGGAAUCUUUGCUGGACAAAGAAGUAGCUGUGGAGUACUGUUUGGAGCAAGUUCGUAUGAAACCAACGCUUUUAGGUCUGAGAGUUUAUAAUGAAACUACCGUUCUACACAAAUUCAUCGAAUGGAGUAGAAUGGACUUUCUGGAAGAAAUCUAUGUGGAUAAUGCUAUCGUUAAGAAGUAUUUUGAAACAAAGGAUGCACUCAUCGAAUUGAGAAAAGCAUUGAUUAAAGAUUGCCAUAAUAAAAUAGCGUUCAUGUUAAAACAUCACCAGGAUUUUCUUUUAGUGAACGAAGAUUUGUUCCGAAAAACAAUUCUAGAAUUUGCUAGUCCUUCAUAUACAGUUCAUUCAAGGUACAUUGAAUGCGUUGUGAGACAUUUCCCUCAAUUUAAACCUGCCUUAGAAAAUAUUCAAAAGAAUUUGAUCGACGAACGUAUACGUCAAGGAUUGAAAACAACGUACUUUCAAAGACAGAACACCAACGAUCAAAUGCUGGAAUACAUUGAAGGAACGCUGAAACAAGCUCGGUAUUUCAAAAAUUCCAAAGUACUUCACAUGGCUGUCCAAAUGGAUGAUAUUCAACUUUUCGAUCAACUCAUAGCGGAUGGCUACGAAUUAGAUCACGUGGAUGACUACGGUAAUCAUCCAGUCCAUUACGUGGGAAGCACUGAAAUGUUAGAUCACCUCAUCCGCUUGCAUCCAGAUGGAAAACAACUUCUAAAUCGAACGAACACGGAAGGCUGCACCGUGUUAUAUAGGGUUUGCGGUUUACCUUACGAUGGACAUAAGUUACUGCCAAUUGUCGAAAAGUUGGUCGAAUACGGUUGCGACAUAAGCAAAUUGAAUAGCAAUGGAGAGACUGUUCUGUUUUUGACUACCAGUAUUACUGUUGUAGAUUAUCUACGAGGUUUAGGAGCCAGUCUGGACCUGAUUAACAGCUCUGGCCAAACGAUUCUUUUUAAACAUCUACAGCUUUACCGAACUUGUACAGUUUUAAAUUUACUGCCAUUGGUGAAAGAUCUUGCAACCUUCAAGGAAACUGCCCACGUGUACCUGCCAUUGCUUGUCAGGAAGCAAUAUCACUUUACUUCCUUCGACUACGAUUACUUUCUAGAAGAGUAUCCUACGACAACUAAAUUGCUAUUUGAUUCGUUGGUUAAACAUUCAAGAGAAGAAGCUUCAAGAGUAUUCACUUUGGCAUGCUAUAACUCUUUCUAUUACAUAGUCCAGAAGUUUAUGCAAUUCGACUACGACCUGAACUACAACUAUCAAGCGGACUAUGAAAAUUCAUCGAUUCUGGCCCUGCUCCAAAAUUUACAUCAGCAACAGUUACAUGUAGCUCAAUGGCUUCUCACUAAAUCGGUAAAUUUGAAACACCAGAAUGCGUGGGGUAAGAGUGUUCUCCAUUUUGUAAUUCCAAUUAAACAUGCUUUGACGAAGGAAUCCCAUGUCGAGCUUAUCCUCUCGGUAUUGGAAAAAGGAGCCCCAAUUAAUGCUGUCGAUAAGGACGGCAAUACACCACUGCAUUUGGCCGUGAAACAAAAGGAAUGGCAUUUGGUUGAGCUGUUGGUGUCGAAUGGAGCCGAUUUGAAGUUGAAAAAUAAUGCAGGAAAAAUUCCUUUGGAAAUUGCGAAUGAAGUUACGCAAGAACUAUUCUAUUUUAUGGUUUAGACUACUCAGUGAUAAUUAAACGGUUAUCAUUGAUUAUGAUUUAAUCUAGUCAGUUGUCUGGAGGUAGAAGAUUACAAACGGUU